AUGGAGCUGAAACCCAAGAAGGAAAAGAUUAAGGACGACUCCAAGCGUCGUGAUCUUUUCGUUUUCGUAAGGCAAACCAUGUGCAUAGCGGCCAUGUAUCCUUUUGGCUUUUACGUCAAGGGUCCUGGAUGCUUGGCUCAUCUCGUCCGAGCCUGUGACUUGUUCUACGAAUUCUUCAACUACUUCGUAUCGGUUCAUAUAGCUGGCUUAUUCAUCUGCACUAUUUACAUCAAUUAUGGCCAGGGCGACUUGGACUUCUUCGUUAACUGUUUGAUACAAACCAUCAUUUAUUUGUGGACCAUUGCGAUGAAGCUGUACUUCCGACGGUUCAGGCCAGGAUUGCUGAAUGCCAUAUUGGCCAACAUCAAUGAGAAUUAUGAGCCACGAUCUGCUGUGGGAUUCAGCUUUGUUACAAUGGCUGGUUCUUAUCGGAUGUCCAAGCUGUGGAUCAAAACCUAUGUGUACUGUUGUUAUAUUGGCACCAUUUUCUGGCUGGCCCUUCCCAUAGCCUAUAGGGACAAGAGCCUACCUCUAGCCUGUUGGUAUCCAUUUGAUUAUACUCAACCCGUUGUGUAUGAGGUAGUGUUCUUCCUGCAGGCAAUGGGCCAAAUUCAAGUUGCUGCUUCCUUCGCCUCCUCAAGUGGCCUGCAUAUGGUGCUUUGUGUGCUUAUAUCAGGGCAAUAUGAUGUCCUCUUUUGCAGUCUUAAGAAUGUUCUGGCCACCACUUAUGUGCUUAUGGGAGCCAAUAUGGCAGAACUCAGAGAAUUGCAAGCUGAGCAAUCUGUAUCCGAUUCGCAGCCUUCCCAAUACGCUUAUUCCUUGGAAGAACAAACGCCUUUACAGGACCUUUUACAACCCACAGCGGAAACUUCAAAGGAUUUUUCGACUGCAUUCAGGCAGUCCUUCGUUCACUGCAUUCAGCACCACCGCUACAUAGUGGCUGCUCUGAAGAAAAUGGAAAGUUUCUACAGUCCUAUAUGGUUUGUGAAAAUCGGAGAAGUAACCUUCCUUAUGUGCCUAGUGGCGUUUGUUUCGACGAAGAGCACUUCGGCCAACUCCUUCAUGCGAAUGGUUUCCCUGGGCCAGUACUUGCUCCUGGUUCUCUAUGAGCUCUUCAUCAUCUGCUAUUUUGCAGACAUCGUAUUCCAGAACAGUCAACGAUGUGGCGAGGCCUUGUGGCGAAGUCCAUGGCAGCGACAUUUAAAGGCGGUUCGCAGGGAUUACCUAUUUUUCAUAAUGAAUUCCCGAAGGCAGUUCCAACUCACUGCCGGUAAAAUAACCAAUCUCAACGUGGAACGAUUCAGAGGGACUAUUACCACUGCGUUUUCGUUCCUCACCUUGUUGCAAAAGAUGGACGCACGAGGCUAA